AUGGAUUCCUUUGAUGGAAAAGUCUCGCCAUCAGUAGUCUUAACACCAGAGAUGGUUCCAUAUAAUGAAACGACUUUGCCACCGGAGAUUGGUUCUUCCAACCAAACAGCGACCCUGGUUGCCAUCGCGAGAUACCGUCGCAAAAUCACUCUCAGCGAAGGAGCAACCGGCAAAAUGAACAAAAGCGCAGAGGCUUUGCAAAAACGGAUUCAAAGCGGCGAGUCAAUUUAUGCUCAUACAUGGGAAGGUGUAAAUACUGGUUUUGGUGGAAGCGCCGAUGUUCGACCAAAGAACGUGUCCGAAGUAUCUGCAAGCUUAUUUCGAAUGCUCCAUUACGGAGUUAUUCCUGUCCCUUUAGGCAGUCGUCAUGUUGAAGAGUUAGCAAUAAACGAUUCGGUGAGCGAUUUUGAAUGGAGGAAGUCUACAGCUGCGAAGAUAGCAAGACUGGCUAUUCCUAUGUCUGAUCCCGUUUACUCAACCACCAUGCCAGAGAGCUGGGUUCGUGGAGCAAUGGCCAUUCGUGGCAAUACGCUUGCUAAGGGAGCCUCUGCAAUUCGACUAGUCAUUGUUCAAGCUCUGUUCGAUCUUCUAAACAAGGAAAUUAUCCCAGCCGUGCCACUUCGGGGAAGCAUAUCUGCUUCCGGUGACCUUAGUCCGUUGUCAUACAUAGGUGGAGCAUUAGAAGGAAAGCCGGUGAUUCAGGUUUAUGUUGUUUUUCAACCUAAAGAGGGAUUGUCGUUGGUCAAUGGAACAGCAGUAACAGCUGCCGUUGCGUCUUUAGCCAUUCAUGAAGCUAUUAUGCAAGCUCUGCUUUCACAAAUUCUUACUGCUAUGUCUGUUGAAGCGCUUGCUGGUACGGACGAAAGCUUUGAUCCUUUUUUUGCUGAGGUCAGACCCCAUAGAGGUCAAACGGUAUCCGCGAAGAACAUUUAUUCAUUCUUGGCUGGUUCUAAAUUGACAAAGCGAAAUGAUACCCAAGAAUUUCAUCUACGUCAAGAUCGUUAUUCUAUUAGAACUGCAUCGCAGUGGAUCGGUCCAUCACUAGAGGAUCUUUUGUUAUCCUAUGAGCAGAUAUCAAUUGAGUUAAACUCCACCACUGAUAAUCCCCUCGUUAGUGAUGACGGAAAGAUGCAACAUGGUGGAAAUUUCCAAGCAAAGUCCAUCACAAGUGCCGUGGAGAAGACUAGACAAGCUUGUCAGUCAAUUGGUCAAAUGUUGUUUGCACGAUGUACCGAGUUGAUAAAUCCUGCAACAAACAACGGCCUUCCUCCUAAUCUGGUGGCAGAUGAGCCGAGCGAAUCCUGGAUGUUUAAAGGUAUUGAUAUUAUGAUUGCGGCAUUGCAAUCUGAGCUUGGCUUUCUGUCUAACCCCGUUGGGUCGCAUGUUCAAACGGCUGAAAUGGGCAAUCAAGCUGUGAAUUCUCUGGGACUGAUCUCGAGUAGAUACACGAUAUCGGCUUUGGAAGUUCUGACACAGCUUUCCGCGGCGCAUCUAGUGGCUGUAUGUCAAGCUCUUGAUCUUAGAGGAAUACAGGAUUUAUUUUUCAUGAACUUGAGGCCUGAGUUUGAGAGCUCUUUCAAUGAGAGCCUUGGAAAAUAUACCCAAGAGCGCCAUGGUCAAUGCGACGAUACCAUGGAGAUGAAGGAAAUCUCCGAAUUACAACUGCUCCUCUGGGAUAAAUUGACAACAAUUACCAAUUGA